ACCUGAACAAACAUGAUCUAACAAUCUUUCAAUUGCGGAGCCAUCUACACUGUCAAAAAAUCUGGAGUGGAGCCAACCUCUCACCAUUAUUCGAAUUCUUCCCCCUCGGACCUAGGUCGCUCUGCACUCUGCAAUCUCGAUUAUCAUUGGCGCGGUUUUCUUCAAUAGUUCUAUUUGACAUUGCAUCUUCUGAGGUUUUGAGAUCCAAACACCCUCAAUGGGGGUUGUGAUCGAGACCAUCGUGUGGGAACCAAAACCUCACUUGUAUAUCUUCCUCUUCUGCAUCUGUUUCCUCUCACUUUUCUUAACUCCGUAUUUCUCGAAGAACUCUAGCAGGAAAACCGGUUUUCUCGAACUUGGUACCGUUUCGACCUCGAUCCCAGCUUCAUUUCUUCGUUUCCAGAGAAGUUUUCUGCUCGUCUAUUCCCUUGCUUCAGUAAUGGAAGGUCUGGGAUCAGUCUUUGGGGAGUUUGAGUAUGCAUAUUAUGGUCUUAGCAAGGAGCAGAUGGUAGUAUCUCUAUGUAUUGGAUCCGCUGCUUCUCUUCUUGUCGGCACUUCAUUGGGCAUACUUUCUGAUGUGAUAGGUCAAAAGAAAGUCUGCCUGUUAUUUUGCAUCCUUCACCUUUUGAUUGGCAUCUGGAAGGCUGUUUUCACGCAUCCAAGUUUUUGGAUGACAAGCAUUUGUUUAUCUCUUGCUUCUUCAAUAUUUUCAUUUGGUUUUGAGUCAUGGAUGGUUGUUGAACAUGAUAAGGUAGGUCAUCGGAAGGAUUUAUUGAGCGACACCUUUUGGCUAAUGGCUUUUUACGAGUCUGUAUCUCUUAUUGGAAGCCAAGUGCUCACGAAUUGGCUGAUUGACAGUAAUGCUGAGAAAAGAAUUAUUUUUCCUUCCACUGCUGUUGUAUUCUUGGCAAUGAUGAGUAUUAUCUAUAUAGUUAAACUAUGGAAAGAAAGCCCACCAUUAGCAGCCAUCGAGGGGUACAAAGUGUCCUCUGUAUGUAUUCUUGGUGAUAAAAGGGUGUGGCUAUUGGUGUGGUCACAAGCAUGCCUUCAAUUCUCUGUUAUGGUCUUCUGGAUUCUAUGGGCACCGAUUAUAAUGGCUGAUGGACGAAAAGUAAAUCUAGGAAUGAUAUAUCCAUGUCUGUUGGGUGCAAGAAUGCUUGGAAGUACAACAGUUCCAUGGUUUUUUACUGGACCAUCACCAGUUCGAACUGAGGAUUGCCUGCUAUUUGCAUUCAUUACCACAGGUUUUGUCUUGUCUGCAGUAGCUUAUGAUUACCAGGAAAUCGGGUUCUUGGUAACCCUGUUUUGCUUAUUCCAUGUCUGUAUUGGCCUGAUUGUACCUUCACUAGCAAGAUUGAGGACCAUGUAUGUACCAAAUCACUUCCGUGGGGGGAUGAUAAGCCUGUCUGCUGCUUCUGCAAAUGCAGCAGUUCUGUUUGUUCUGGUCCAAGUGCGUGCCUUUUUAUCUAGAGGAACACUCGGGGAGAGGGGACAUAGAGGGGACAAAUGCAGCCCUACCUGUGCUGCAGAGAGGCUACUACAGGAACAUUGGGAAUGCAACAAUGAUGGCUUUUGCUGCUUUUGGUUUGUUCACUGCAGCUGGUUGCAUGCAUCUGCUGAAGCAGUGGGCGAAGCAAUCUCACCAUAACUGGCAUAGGUCGUAGUUUGUACUCUUCUACAGACUAAAUCUUCAUGCUAAAAUUGACCUGGAAUACUGGAUUCACACCCUCCUAUUGCUGUUAUCAUUCAUCAGAGGCUGAUGGAAAGCAGUGAGGUAAAGAGGUUUUCCCUGAAAUUUUUAGGGGAAAAAAAAUCGGCUACGGGCUACCUCAGUAAAACUUCCAUCCAAAUCCAAGUAGACGCAUGGAUGGCUUCAAACCUUUGGAGGGUAGGAUGAAUCAAAGCACGGUCAUCUGGGGAUGUAUUGUAGCAACUCUAGUUGAAGGGAUCCAGUGGUACAGAUAUUGCUAUGAUAUUGUUGGCCACAAAAAAUAUCUUGGUGCAACCAACAGCCACAAUAGUAUGGUAAGCUGUAUCUAAGCAUGUCGUCUCAGAUUCUGAAUGAACUUGUCAAGUAAAAUAGAGUUACCCAGUCGUGAUGAAUUCAAUUUACUCGUCUCAUUUAGUGGGAAGCACAAAAUUUUCGUCCUUGUAUUGAAAGUAUAUGAUUGGAAAUUUGGAAAUAGCAUUUUUCAAGGGGUCAUUUUUCUCUGAA